CCACCGGGGCGGCGAGUCCCGGGCUAGCGUACUCCAGAAACCGGCUACCGGCCGAGGCCCUGCCGGCCCACAGGCUUCAUGGCGGCGCGGCCGGUGGCUCGGAUGGUGCGGCGCCUCCUGGGGCCUGGCACCCGGAGCUGCAGCUCAGGGGGUCCGGUGUCACAGCCCCGCCCUGGGGAGCCUUCGCAACCUGCCACGGAGGAGCUGUCCAGGCGCAGGCAGUUCCUGCGGGAGCACGCGGCCCCCUUCUCUGCCUUCCUCACUGACCGCUUCGGCCGGAGGCACAGCUACCUGCGGAUCUCCCUCACCGAGAAGUGCAACCUCCGAUGCCAGUACUGCAUGCCCGAGGAAGGUGUCUCCUUGACCCCCAAGGCUGACCUACUGACCACCGAGGAGAUCCUGACCCUCGCCCAGCUCUUUGUGAAAGAAGGCGUGGACAAGAUUCGGCUCACUGGUGGGGAGCCACUCAUCCGGCCUGAUGUAGUGGACAUAGUGGCCCGGCUGCACCGGCUGGAAGGGCUCCGGACCAUCGGGGUGACCACCAACGGUAUCAACCUGGCCCGGCUGCUGCCGCAGCUGCAGAAGGCUGGCCUCAGUGCCAUCAACGUCAGCCUGGACACCCUGGUGCCAGCCAAGUUCGAGUUCAUCGUCCGCAGGAAAGGCUUCCACAAGGUUAUGGAGGGCAUCCACAAGGCCAUCGAGCUGGGCUACAGCCCCGUGAAGGUGAACUGUGUGGUGAUGCGGGGCCUCAACGAGGACGAGCUGCUGGACUUCGUGGCCUUGACCAAGGGGCUGCCCCUGGACGUGCGCUUCAUAGAGUACAUGCCCUUUGAUGGCAACAAGUGGAACUUCAAGAAGAUGGUGAGCUACAAGGAGAUGCUGGACACCAUUCAGCAGCAGUGGCCGGACCUGGAGAAGCUGCCGGAGGAGGAAUCCAGCACAGCCAAGGCCUUUAGAAUCCCUGGCUUCCGAGGCCAGGUCAGCUUCAUCACGUCCAUGUCCGAGCACUUCUGUGGGACCUGCAACCGGCUGCGAAUCACAGCUGACGGGAACCUCAAGGUCUGUCUCUUCGGGAACUCAGAGGUAUCGCUACGGGACCACCUGCGGGCGGGGGCCUCCGAGGAGGAGCUGCUGGCCAUCAUCGGGGCUGCCGUGGGCAGGAAGAAGCAGCAGCACGCAGGCAUGUUCACUAUUUCCCAGAUGAAGAACCGGCCCAUGAUCCUCAUCGACCUGCUGCUGCUGCUGCUCCAGGGUUCCCCACCAGCCAGUCCAAGCGUCUUCUCCUGGGCCCCCCUUCGUGUUCAGGGUCUGAGACCCAGAAUGAGCUUCUCCAACCCGACGGCGGCUUUGUGGAAAGGAAGCCGCGUCCCCCAGGCCGCUGCGGUGGCCCAGCAGUGGUGGGGGUCUGGCUGCCCUCGGAGACACCACAGCUCCCGUGUACACUCAGACACCGACUCCAAGUGCCUUAGCUCCGGAUCCCUGCCCGCCUCAGACCAGCUCACCCACGUGGACUCAGAAGGACGGGCCGCUAUGGUGGACGUGGGCAGGAAGCCAGACACCGAGCGGGUGGCCGUGGCCUCGGCUCUCGUCCUUCUGGGGCCCGUGGCCUUCGAGCUCGUGCGCCAGAACCAGCUGAAGAAGGGCGAUGCCCUCAUGGUGGCCCAGCUGGCUGGAAUCCAGGCGGCCAAGCUGACCAGCCAGCUGAUUCCGCUGUGCCACCAGGUGGCCCUGAGCCACGUCCAAAUACAGCUGGAGCUGGACAGCACACGCCACGCCGUGGCCAUCCAGGCUACUUGCAGGGCCCGGGGCCCCACCGGGGUGGAGAUGGAGGCGCUGACCUCGGCCUCGGUGGCCGCCCUCAGCCUGUACGACAUGUGCAAGGCCGUCAGCAGGGACAUCGUGGUGAGGGAGGUCAAGCUCAUCAGCAAGACCGGGGGUCAGCGGGGGGACUUCCACCGAGCUUAGAGCCGCCGCCCUGUCUCGCCCACGGGCCCAGCCAGGGCCAGAAAUGGGAUGCGGCUUGAGCCCAGGGAAAGACAUCAGCUUCCUUAGGCCUGGUCACUGUGGACUCUCACCAGGAGGAAGCCGAGGUCAGCCCUGUCCCUCUCUUCUGGGCAACUGUAGUAACCUGUGAGGUUUCUUCUACACACAAGCCCCCAGCAGGUGCCACCCAGAUCCCGGGAGGGGUCGGCCAAGACUGACGCUGGGGCAGGGAACUGUCACCUUGUUACCUGUGACUGUUCCUGUCGACCAGUCUCAGGCCAGCCCAUGACUUCCCCUUCUCACAUUGGGUUUUCUCAUCUACUUCCCUGGAGGAGAAUAAGGGCUCACUAAGCAGAGGGGACCCACUCUGCUGGCACACUUCUCCCCAGCAGGAAGCCACAGCCCCUCUGUGCCCCACGUCCCAUCAGACCUGAAGCCUUCCAGCUGAACCUCGCCCUGUUCCUCGUCCCCACCCCUGCCGAAUAGGCUGCCCACGCGAGGGCCACCAUCACAGUUCACGCCUGGCCCUGCUCACUGCCGUUCUACCCACACCUCUUCAUUUCAGAACACAUCAGGGAAAGAAGGGAGUUGAAGAUGCCUUCACGCAUACAGCGCACAAAUAAAGCAACGAUGCCAACUUUGGAGA